CCACAGGUACUCAAGUGUAGGGCGCAAUAGGCACUUGACCAUGUCAGUGCCGACAAUCAUCCAACGUUCUGGGUCGCUUGGGGGAAGUACGCACGUUCCUUAUUUCCGCAAGCCCGCAUGUGCUUUGGGUGUCUUAAUGACGGGCUAUGUGGAAAAAUUGGACCCCGACGCGUACUUGCCCAAGAGGCGACACCGUUUUUUGGUUGCGACUCACCAGUCUCUGCACUGGUUCAAGCGCGAAAAGGGCGUCGACCUGUUCGGCGAGGAAAGGGGUUCGGCUGCCCUGGCCGACAUAAAGGAGACAGAUCACUACAAGGGGGAUGACAAGUCUUUCUACAUCUUGUUGGAGGGCGGUGAUCGCCGAAUCUUUUAUGUUUCCACCCAAGAGGAGGCGACGAAAGGGUGA